AUAAAGGCACAUACAACUCAGAAAUGCACUGCAUUUCGCUUAUUUUCGUCAGUUGUUUUCUCAAUGUCGCGCUAGUCCAAAGUGCGGAAGAGGAUUAUGUUCGUCCGGAGACUUUUGAGGAGAGACUCGGGCGAUUAGAGGAACUCGUUGACAUCCAGUCACAAACAAUUGCGGAACUAAAACAAGACAAUACAAACCUGAGGGACACAAUUCUCAACUCUACACUUGCGUUGGAAACUCAACAUGUAUCUAAAAGAUACAGUGAUGAACAAGUUGCUUUUUACGCCUACCUCAGCCAGGGUAAAUGCUACAAUGUGCACGAGACGUUCAUUUUCGACAUAGAGGAGCUAGACACCACUAACAGUUACGCCAACCAUGAUGGCGUUUUCAUCGCCCCGGUCAAUGGGGUCUACGCUUUCUCGUUCAAUGUUGUUCCUGACUUUUGGCAUUAUACUCAGGCUGAGCUGGUGGUAAACGGACAGGUGAAGGCGAGAGUCUUUGGAGACUCUCAUGAAAUUCACGAUAUUCACCCUACUUCAUCCACGGUCGUCCUUGCACUAAACAUCAAUGACCAUGUCUACGUUAGACUUGGGCAUCAGACGGAAUGUAACGUUAUCAGUAGCGAGGACCAUCAAUGGACAUACUUUGCUGGAUGGCUGAUUUUCUAGAGAUGAAACCAAAAGCAUUGUUAUUGGUUCUCUCGCAUUUGUUGUUUUGUUGAGAAAUGAUAAAACCAUCUUUAUAUCAGAUUUCACCAAUUUUCUUCUUGUUGUUUUUUACAAACAUGGUGCGGUCAAAUUAUAUAUGACAUCAAUAUUCCUAUAUCAGGUGGAAUAAUUGACCUCUUUGUGACUUAUUUCAGCGGUUCAAAUAAUAUAGUUUUAUUAUGGAGCUGGACAUAUUAUUCUUAUGUUAAGAAGAGUCACUUUUGGGUCAUGUACAUGAUUGGUUUACACAAAAAUAGAACAUAUUAUGUAGUGAUUGAAAAAAGGACAUAAUAUAAACUAUUGUAUCACAUGUUUUACCUUGUCUCUGAUUGAAUGUAACUACCACGUAUUUUUCUGUAUUGCACAUGUGUAAUAUGACAUUGCUCAAUUCAUAUUUGUCUGAAAAUAUGUUUCUCCACAUCUCUCUAAACAAAGAAGUUGGAUCAUAUGAAGAAAACGCGAUAUUUCCUCUUGCUUUCUUUAAGACGUGCUUGAUGAUUUUAUAUUGAUGAUGAAAUUAUUAGUUUGAAUCAUUUUGAAAAGAUACAAUAUAUUCAUUUCGAUAUAUUUGAAUGACACCCUAUUUUUCACAGUAAGACAUUUAAAAUAUUUUACUGAAAAGUAACUGAAUAUGGAGGAAAUUGUUAUUUACUUUUCGACACCUUUGUAAGCAAACAAAACUUAAUGAACAAAACAUAAAAACAGGAAAAUAAAUACUGGAGAUGUCAGUUAUGAAUGUUUCUACAAAUCAAAGUAUGAAAUAGAUACAAGACACGCAUGUAUAUAUGGUGUUAAAGGUUCACAAUAGGUUUAUGCAGUUCAAAAUAAUCUUUAAAGGGGCUAGGCAACAGAUGGUCCCAAAAUCGGCAAAUACAGUAUUUCCUCAAAACAAGCCUAGAAUUGUCAAUGCCAGCCCCUAGGAGGCCGAUUAUACAUAAUUUUACAUGAUC